CGGAAUAUUGUGAGUCACCAAGAUACCUUACGAUUUGCUUUACUUUGUGACCCAUGCAGCUGUCAACAUCAAUUGAACAGAAGAACACCCCAAAUAUUACCAAUUUUCAAGCACUCAGCUCUUCAGCUCUUCAGCUCCCUCCCAUCAUCAUUAUUCCCAUUAGUCCCAUUAAGCCCUACCAAGCUUGACCAAAAUGAUCCAUCUCACUCCUGUUCCUGGCCCACUUCCCAGCCAAGCAACCAUCGAUCGCCGGAAAUGAUGCGCUCAUUCAACAGAUCGGAUCGCGUUCCUUGGACGACAGCAUCAGAUCGGUCCAACCUUGUUCAGCUGAGACCAUGCACGCACUUAAACGUCAGAGUCAAUGUACUUUAAUUAGGUUGAAUCGAUCACCGUAAGCUAUUUGCGACGCAUUGUUUAUACCUUUUUUUCUAUGACGCUACGAUUAAGAGAUGGCUGGAAUGACGACACGGCUGAGACCAAAAGCAAUAACAUUGGUUACAAAACCUGGGUGCUGGUUUGGACAAAUCUUUGUUUUUCUCAUCAAUUGAUCGCAAUUGCUCAAUUCGCUUGAUAUCACACAUAUUUCAAUUCAAAGCUGUAAACAAGGCCGCAAUCAUGAAGGGCAACGAUAAAGUUAUCCAAGAGUUCAACGAGGUCGUCAACAUGACGGCCUCGGAGCUCGAGAAGUGGCUCAAGUCGGAUGAUUCCAACAGUGCUGGCUGGCCAAAGGAGGAUGAGAACGGUGAGACUGUCGGACAUGACAGCGGUCGCAAGAUUGUUGAGAUCUUGAAGGAGAACCCCAAGAAGGAACCUGAGAAGUACACCGAUGAGCAAGUCCAGCACAUGCGCAAGGUUGUUUCCUACUGGUAAGUCUCUCACGCUGAUUACGACUGUUAUCAGAUGCUCUGCUGGUCAAUUGGAUGUUAACACCCCGCAGCAAGCGACAUCUUGCUCAAGAGACAAAGGCCAACAACGACAAAUCGCCUGAGGAGGUCAAGAAGACAAAGUCCUACGCGUCGCUCAAGAACUGGGGCCACGAUUUCCUCAAGGCUCAAGGCAAGGAGAAUGGUAGUGAGAAGAAGGAAGAUAGGGAAGAUAGGGAAGAUAGGGAAGAUAAGGAAGAUAAGGAAGAAGCGAACGACGACGCUGAAGAUGCCGAAGAAGAAGGCGAUGAUGAUGAGAAGCAAACCGGUGAGAAGAGAAGAGCGAGUCGAAGCCAGACUGGUUCCAACAAGAAGCGCGAGACUCGCAAGGGAGAGUCUACAAAGUCCAAUGAUGAAGAGGAGGAGGAGGAGGAGGAGGAGAAAGAGGAAGAUGAUGAUGAUGAGAAGAAGCAGGGACAGAAGAAGCAGUCCAAUGGCCAGUCCAAGAAGUCCAACGGAUCCUCAAAGAAGGAGGAAGAUGCUGAAGAGGAGCAAGAUGAUGAUGAGGGCGGUGAUGACUCUGGCACAAAGAAAGGACCAAAGAAGGGUGAGACUGUGAGCUGGAACUGGGGACAGGGACAGCCCAAGGGCAAGGUCUUGGAUGUCAAGGCUGAAGAUACCACGAUUACGACGAAGAAUGGCAAUGAGGUCUCCAGAAAGGGUGAUGAAGAGGACCCUGCUGUUGUAUUGGACACGGGCAAGAACAAAGCUAUUAAGAAGGCUCAUGAGCUGAACUAGAUGGUUUCUAUAUAGGUUUUCAUUGAGUGGUAAUAGAGGAAGGGAAUUGUUUGUAUUUUGCUGGAUCUUAACAUCGUAAUACCAUGUUUGCAUUUCAACGCUGGGCUUCUUUUCACUUCUCUGUGAACAUAACCCAUUGACAAA